GUUCGAUUUUUUGACAUGUGACAGUACACGUGUUUUUGUUUUUGAAAAAGUGAUCAAUUUGUGUUUUUAAAUCGUGUAAAGUAACAAAACGGGAGAUGGAGGACGAUUCUGAGUUACAAAAUGUACCUCCCGAAGCCUCCAAAAGGGCCACAUCGCCGGAGGAAACACCACCGGCUAAAAAAGUGAGGUUAAGUUUAUCUGGUAAGGACUUCAGAAAACUGCUACAAACCGGGCAAACAGUCCAAGCCCUUCAGGGAUUUUCCAAAUAUGUCGAAGACUCCAAGCAGGAUUUCAUCAAGGGUUAUUUGGACGCUGGGGGCAGUGCAUUAGAAAUCCUCCAGUUAGUUGAGGGCGAAUCGGAGGUGUCCCCCGUGUUAGUUUUUGACGUCGUAAAUACGAUUUUGUUACAAAUCGGCUCGAAAUUGCCGCAAUUUCAAAGCGCGGCUUUUGAUUGUUGUCGCUAUUUGCUUAACACUUACGUUUCUUUAAUUAAUAAAAUGUUGGGGUUGAGUUCAAAUACAAGAGAACGUGUGGUCGCGUUGAAACUUUUAACGACAAUUGUUACGUUUUCGGUGGUUUUGGCGAAGGAUAUUUUGCUACAUGUUAAUUUUAAUCCGACGAAUAUUGAAUUGUUGUCGAGGGCGAGCGAGGGGAAGACUGAAGUGCGUUCAGCUUUUAUUCAUUUUCUUACCGCGUUUUUAAUCGAUGGACAUUUUCCAGUCCUGUCGGUACUUUUGGACAAGAAGGGGUUUAUGACGAGUAUUGUGCACGGUUUGUUGUACGAUAAAGUCGAUGUCGUUGUUUUGGUUUUAACGGCGAUGAAAAACCACAUUUUGGAAAAUAGUUUCGUUUCGAAAACCGUCAAAAUGAAAACGUUUAGUACACCGGUGGUGCGGGAUAUUGUCAAUUUAUACAAUUGGAAAGGACCGGCCGGUUUAAUCGAAAAAAAGCGGAACCAUAGUAUUAUUGUGGACGAUAUUGAUAAGUCUAAAGUGAGCGAAGCCGUUCAUUCCUUUUUGUUGGUUUUGUGCACUUCUCAUAAGCACGGAGUUAUUUUCAAAGAUCCUCUUGUCGGUUUGGGGAGGAGACAAAAUUCACUCAUGCAUACAGUUCUGGAAAGUCUGGAAAGGCCCUGGGAACACUCAUAUGCCGGAGAGCUUGUUAUAAAAAUUUGCAAGGCUUGUCCGGAUCUUUUGAGGUCAAUGUGGUCGAAUUUGAAGGAGUUUUUAGAGCCUCGUAUGACUGUUAAGUGGCUCAAUGCAAUGAAAUUUGCAAAGACACUCCUCGACGAGCUUCAACCAGACUGUAUUGAGCCCAUUGUUAACAAUUUGAAUGUUCAUCAGAUCGGCCAAAUUGUGACAAUAUUAGCCGCCCCUUUACAGCUUUUAAAAACCGUUAUUCCGCAAGAACGCACAUUUGAGCGAGCCUCUGUCAAGUAUCACGUUAUGUGUUUGUGCUUAAAAAUGGCCAAGUCGCUUGAAAAAUAUUUAAACCGCUCAAAAGCCUGGAAUAUUGAUCAAGAAGUGUUGAAAAUCUUAUUGUCGAAUUAUAUUCAGCGAAAUUUCCCUGAUGUUGAGUUAAUUCUAAAUGAUUGGGACCAAAAAGACGACGAUUUGUCUCUUUGUGAUUAUCUCGAUACGGCCUUGGAUUUACUACAGACGUACAAAAGUUUGGCUCCGAAAAUCCUCAACGACUUUUCACUAACGUUCGACUUGAAACAAUUUUUAACCAAAUGCGAAACGUUGGAAAAUUCGCAACGAUUGCAAGUAAAGGCUGUUAAAUUUUUCCUGGAUUUGGAGCCUGCUUUAUUUCGGCCCAAAACCGAUUUAUUCGAAACAAUUCUCUUACUGUCUUUUGAAUUUUAUUACGAUAGUAGAGACCCGAUUGUUUUGGAAAUGUUGACUCGGGUUUUGCAAAGUACGGGUCUUUUUGAUGGCUAUUUGUUCGAAAUUGAUUUUUGGAUCGAUGGUGUUUUAAAUUUGAAAAGUUACGAUGAAGACGUAGCGAAAUUUCUUUGCUCUCUGAUUAGGAAAAUUGACGAGGACUCGGGCGAGUUUAAUAGAAAAUUGUUCGAGCUUCAGGGGGCGAAUUUUAGUCCGCUUUUGUUGGGGAUUGAUGGGGUUUCAAAGUCGAUGAAAAAGUAUUUAAAUUUUGUCAUUUUAAAUUUGUUUCAUUUGCAAGUGGAUGAUGCGAGUGCUUUUGUUGUAAUUGUGUCAAAUUUUGAUUUUUUGUCAAGUGAUUUGCUGGAAUAUAUGAAUAAUUGGAGUAAUUUGGUGGUUACGGAUUUGCCAAAAUGUAAAGGAAAAAUUCUAGAAGAGUUUCACAAAUUUUCAAGUGAUUUUCUCAACCAGGACUUGGAGAAUUUCAACUGUGAUUUGUAUCCGAAUUUUAAAUUAAAUUUAUUACAGUGUGUCAUAUUUUACAUAACAAACUCAAUUAAAGCAGAUGUAUUAAAAGAAAAUCAAAUAAAAAACACUGUGAAAUUUAUUUCUGGCUUCAUAUCUGAUGAUACGUUCGAUGAGCGUUACGUUAAAACCAUAUUAGGAAAUUCACUUUUAUUACAUAAUUUAACUCUCUUCGAUUCGAACAAUUUUUCAACGCAAUUAAUCCUCAACGUGAUUAAAAGUGCGAAGAAUGCAAACAUCGAUGACUAUUUGACCCAUUUUCGGCGUAAAAUCGUUUCAACGAUCUCGAAAAUUUUUCGUAAAAGUGACAAAUACGAAAAUGCGACUCUUUCGAUGGAAGUUAUCGAAACUGUGAGUUUGAGUAGCGAACAAUGCCGAAAGUUGCUGGAAAAAUUUGCAAUCUCGGUCGAAAUUAAGCGUUUCUUCCCAGUAGCGUGUUAUUGUUUGGACCGAAUGUCUGAAAACGAUUCGAAUUCGCAACCGUUGAGUAACAAAACCGUCCAAAAAUUAUCACAAAUUUUACAAAUCUUGCUAGAGGAACAAGUUACAAAUUCGCAUAGCUUGUCGUUAUCUCUCUUAAACUAUUUGAAAGUUUUUCCCCACAAUCUUGAAGGUGUUGAAAGUAAAUUAUUCGAUAGUUUGGUCUCAACGACCGAAUUUAAUAAAGACAAUCUUUCGCUUUGCAAGUUUCUCUUGGACCGAAAACCGGAGAUUUUCUCAAAUUUUGAAAACAAUCUUGACGUGAUUUGCUCCAAACGAAGUUUUAUUUUAUAUUUAUUGGAUGUACUGGUCGAGAAAUGUGAUAAUGCUUUGCUUGAAAAAAUUUUCAAUAAAUGUGAAAGUUACAUAAUUAAAGCGUUGCAAAAACCGCAUAAAGCCGGUCAACAUUUUCAAAAUCACUAUCGGAGUGUUGGUAUUUUAAUCGAGAGGUUUAUGAAGCCUGAUGGUGCAUCCCAAAUCCAGAAAUUUGAGACUUGCGAAUUGUUUCACGUCUAUUUAUUGAAAAAACGUUACGAUAAAGUCGACAGAAACGAGAAAGUUCUGGGGAACAUUAUUAUGACUUUGAUUCACUUAUUGAUGAGUCUGUUGAAGCAAAAAAGUGGGUCAAAAAGUGUGGAGAAUUUGACCGAGAUUGGUGAACUUUUUAACGAGUUUUUGAGUGAAAUUCCGAAGGAAAAAUUUGAUAUGACCUCACUGAGCUCGAAUGAAACUUUUAAAAUGUUUUGCAAACUUUGUCUCAAGUACGGUUUGACCGGGGAUUUGGUUUUGGUCAAGAUUUUGUCACAAUUGGUCCAAUUAUGCACAGUUGAAGAUGAGGGAAAGUUAAUUUUGGAAAUGUUAUUGUCACAUUCACACUUUUUGGACGUCAUUUUGAGUGACUCUCAUGAGGAAAUUGCAAACUUGUGGCUCAUUUUGUGCGAGAAAUGGCCGCAAUUCAUGGAAAGGAGUCACAUUCCGGUGCUUUUAUCGGCCUACAAGGCCACAAAUUCCGACAAAACAAUCCUACAUUUAUUAAAAAUGUACGAGGCGCGAGCCGAGCAGACGCAAUUUUUCGAUUUUAAGCCCUUUUUGUGGGGGCGCGCUGCCGCCUCUCACUAUUCCGUUCGUUCCGAUAUUCAGAAAGUGUUGUGGCGGCAACCGAAAACGGCCGAUAUUUUGAACAAUCUCCAUGUUGGUACAAUUAUCGCGACGAUAAACAAUCCACAAGGUCGGAAUUCCUACGACCUUGACUACUUUCUACCUUUGUUUAUCCACAUCUUGUCGCCGGAAAAUCCGGUUGCAACUUACCGUUUCACCAGAACCGGAGCUCUAGCUCUGGCUCUUACUGGACUCCGGGGCGACAAGGCGCAAAGAUUGGCCACUUGUCACAUUUUGCAACGCUUUUACUUCCAUUUGGAGGCGAAACAGACCGGAAAAGACAAUUUAUUGUGGUUGCGUUUUAUCGAAGCGAUUUGUAAAGGGAUUGUGGUACUCGAGGAUUUCAAAAUAAAUAACUUCGUUGGUAUUUUCCUCUCACGAACGGCACUAGUUUUGGCGCAACCGACCGAUGUUAUGUAUGUUCCCUUGACGCAGUAUUUGUCCGCCAAAGAUUCACUGGACUUUUCCGGGAUCCCGGAACUUUACACGUUUUUGCAUAGUCCGCAUGUGGACUCCAGGGAACACAAGACCUUCAUUUUGGAAGUUUUGAGGGACGGUUUGAGGGAUGAUAAAGAUUUUAUAACCCUGUUGAGGACGAUGGGAUUUAAGUUGAUUUCGGAACUGUGUUCGAGUAGUGUUUGUGACACUCAGACGAGACUAUUAGUUUUGGAAGUGUUUGAAGUUUGUUGUGAGGCCGCCUCUGGAGUGAAAAUCUUGUGCGGGAGUUUGGCGUUUUUGAGCCAGAUUUUUACACUAGUUUUAAGGAAUUGCGAAGAUGGGAGCGUUUUAGUUAAAUUAUUGAAAAUUUUAUUAAAAAUUGUUGAAAAAUCGCAAGACAGGUACAAAAAUUUUGUCGUGUAUUUGAAUCUAGUUAUGAUUUUUGGGGACGAGAAGCUUUUUAAAUGUCUGAUUGAAAGUAAAGUUUCGGAUGUUUUUUACCACGUGUUGAAUGUUAUUGUUAAUCGGUUUCCUGAUUUUUUUGUAAAAGAACAUUACGACAUUAUUCUUGAAAAAACUAACGAUAAGUUUUGUAAAUAUUUAGAUGCGUUUGGAUGUCGUUAUGUACGGGAAAGUGAUUGUUCAAACCCUGCGAACCCCAAUUAUUUAAGACUGGUGUUUUUUAAUAAACUUAAAAAUAAGGAACGCAACCAACAAGACACCAGUAGAACCAGUUCGCUUGCAAACUGCAUAGAGAAGCGUAGAAGAGUCAAGGCCUACAUUUGCAAGAAGUGCAAGUUUACGUCUAGCAGGGACGUUUCGCGAUUGCUGUACGCUUUCCGUUGUUGUUGGUGUUCAGUAAUGGACGUGAAAAUGGCCAGAGAGGAGGUACAAGUACCUCUGAGAGACAAACCGUUGAAACAGUUGAACCGAAUUGCGAAAAGACCAAAAUUGGAUGUCGAAUUUCAAGAUUUGAAGUAUUCGAUUAGGGAUAGUAACGCCAAGGGGGGAUGGAGGACUAUUUUGAAUUCUGUAAACGGAAAGUUCCGUUGUGGCGAAUUCACAGCGAUACUGGGACCAAGCGGUGCCGGAAAAAGCUCUCUACUGAAUAUCCUUGCAGGUUGUGUAACCGGAGGUGUCAAAGGUUCGAUCAAAAUCAACGAUCGUCCUCGAGAUAUGAAAAUUUUCAACAAAUUGUCUUCAUACAUCAUGCAAGAGGAUUGCAUCCAACCGAGAUUAACAGUAAAAGAGGCAAUGAUAUACGCAGCAUGUCUCAAAUUAGGGGCCCAUAUCGAAUACCGUGAUAAACUGGCUGUGAUUCACGAAGUGAUCGAUCUUUUAGGGCUGGAAAAGUGUGUGGAUACUCUAAGUGAGCAUCUGUCGGGAGGUCAACGCAAAAGGUUAAGUGUUGCUCUUGAACUAGUUAAUAAUCCUCCGGUGAUUUUCCUGGACGAGCCGACGACUGGUUUGGAUAAUUUUGCCAUAAACCAGUGUAUCCACUUAUUGAAAAAAAUCAGCCAGUUGGAUCGAACUGUCGUUUGCACGAUUCAUCAACCUCCGGCUUCCAUCUUUCAAUAUUUCGAUCAGGUAUACAUCGUUGCUAAUGGAUAUUGUGUUUACAACGGUGCCCCGAACCAAUUGGUUCCAUUUUUCAACGUCGUUGGCCACUCUUGCCCUUCAAACAACACACCGGCCGAUUACAUGAUCGAAUUAAUUCACUCGCAACCGACCUUGAUUCAAAGCUUCCAGGCUGCGAUACAAAACGGAAAGAUCAACAUGAAGGAGCGCUACCAGAGCGACAAACCGGCGAAAGAAUACACGAACGAUGGUGUUUAUAAUGACACCACCGAAGUCGUAAUUCAAAAAAGCGACAUUGAUUUUGCGACUUCGUUCAACGUCCAGUUUUCGAUUCUCUUGUCUCGCAUGUUUUUACAAAUGAGGCGCAAUCGUCUAGGACUCUACAUCCAGUUCUUCCAUCAUUUGCUGUCCGGUUUAAUAGUCGGUGGUAUUUUCUACGGAAUUGGAAACGACGCCGCACAAACGAUCGCAAUUUUUAAAUAUUGCGUCUGUAUUAAUGUGUUUUUUAUGUACACACAUGUUAUGAUGCCGGUGCUUUUGUUUCCUUUGGAAGUCAGUUUGAUGAAACGAGAAUAUUUUAAUAGAUGGUACGGACUCAAGGCUUAUUACGCGGCCAUGACAGUCGUCACGUUACCACCACUGAUUAUUCUGGGGAUGAUGUUUUCAACAAUUGUCUAUUUCAUGUCACACCAACCUCUGGAAACUGAUCGGUUUCUCGGGUUUACUUUAACAGGGCUUGCAGUGGCGCUCACUUCGCAAGGUUUAGGUUAUUGCAUCGGUUCCAUUUUUAGUAUAACUAAUGGUUCGGUGGUCGGACCUUCAGUCCUGGCACCACUUCUAGCCCUUGCUGUGUACGGUAUGGGUUAUAGGGCUUCCAUCGAACCCUUCUACAAGGUGUUAAUGACUUUGACUUACAUUCGAAACGGUGUUGUUGGCAUUUGUAACAGUUUGUUUUACGAGAGACCGCCUCUAACUUGCGGUGAGGAGGAAAUUUAUUGUCAUUACGCGCGUCCUGAUAUACUUAUGGGUGACAUGGCAAUACCUCUGAUGCACUAUCGGUACCAACUAGGCAUUAUUUGCAUUUUCAUGAUUGUUUUUCGAAUCGUUGGUUACUUUUCGUUAAAGUGUCGACUGAACAAUGAUCUAGCCACGAAAAUAAUGUUCUACGCGAAAAAAAUCAUCAAACAUAAAUAUUAAUCGUUGGUAUUUUGUUAGUUAGUACCUGCUUGAAUGUGAUAAUUAGGAUAGUUAGUAACUAUUUUAUUUAACAAAAAAUAUACAGUAUGAUUUAUAAAUAAAGUGUAUUUAGGUUUUUGAA